AACUGACAUCAGCUAUAAUGCCAUAAAUCUAUUUAGCCAAAUGGAUGAGUGAAUAUCGCGCCAAAAUUCGAGACCUGUUAUCUUACACCUGAUUGCUCCGUCCAUAAACUAUAGUCUCGCCACAUUUUCAACAUAAUUAUGAAUAUGUACACGUAAAUAAUUGAAGUUCUACAAACUGACAUUAAUUAAAAUGAAUUACAUGCCGAGAUUUGAUUGACUCAUCGACAUACUUUAAAUCUGUAUUUUCAUCUUCUUCCACUUUUAACUAAGUAUUAUCAUGUACUGUAUACAAUUUAUCCCUUCUCUAGCUAAAACGAGAACAAAUAUUAAUCACAUUAAACGUAAACAAAACUUAUAAGCAAUGAAUAGACUGAAAACAUUGUACUUCAUUAUAUUAAGACUGAAUCACUAACUAAUUCUGAUUAACGUUUUUUCUUUAGUGAGUUAGUUUUCUAAGGGAUAGGGUCGCUAAUCCCAUGCCUAAUCCUCCUCCUUUAUCCAGGCUUGAGACUGGCAAUAGCCCCCAGAGGGAUUCCAGAUGGAGUUAUUAAGACUGAAUACUUUAGAUAUUUUACUACUAAACAAACAAAAAUAAAAAUUAUAACAGUAAUCAUCAAUGAUUUCUCCAUCCAUUGACAGAUGCUUAAGUUUAUCACACAUUCAUUAGCUUUACAUGAUCCAUGAUCUUAUCUAAGUACUUACAUAACUAUGAUAGAUACUAUAAUAUUAUCACCAAUGAUUAACAUUAACAUGAAUUUGAGAUUGAGUUCAAUCAGCCCAAUAGGUUGAUUUAUUAUUUUUUUUUUGUUUUUUGGAUUUUUAAAUUUAAUAAGAGAAUGGGGUUAAUCUCAAUUAUGAUUGGUUAUUGUUCAAGGUCAGUAGUCAGAUAGGAAAGUGAAUUUAAACCAAUAUAAUAUACAGUAGUAGAUUAGCAUUUAAUCAAUCAAUAAAUAGAUGACAGACCUAUCCAGGUAAAAAAUAAAAAAAAAUUUUAAAAAAUAAAAAAAUAAGACAGUCCAAUCAUCUUUUAUUCAUCAAAAUAACCAAUCAUGAUAAAGUUGUAAAUGUUUCAUCCAUUUUAUAAUAAUUUCCCCAUUUAUAAAUGAAUAAAAUAGAAGAAUGUAAAAAUGCAAUCCUUUGGAUCUAAUUUGGAUCUCAUUUCAUUAUGGUUAAUAUUAUAUCUACAUAGAUACAAUAUCUUUUAUCAUUCAAUGAAUAACUAAUUAAACACAUUAGAUCAUUUAUAUAUGUUUAUGAUAGAAAUCUAUUUUUGAUUUUGAUUUAAAUCCAUAUCUUAAAUGUAAUAUGAAUAUUAUUAUGAAAGAAAAGAUUAAAUUGAAUAUAUAUUAUAUAUAAGGAUUGUUUAGAUCUUUUUUAUCAUGUGGAUAGUUUGUUGUCGUAAACAAGAAAGAAAAAGAAAGAAAAUAAAAGAGAAUUUAAAAUUAAAACAAAAAGAUUCUAUUGAUUAUCAAUGUAAAGAUGCUGAUCAUGAUGAUGAUAAUGAUAAUAAUGGGAUUAAUGAUCAUGAUCAUGAUCAUAAUGAUGGAGAUAAACUUAAAAAUGAUAUAAAUAUACAUAUGAAACUAAAUAAUGAUUUAUAUGAUUAUACAAAAAAUGGUUAUUAUCUUAAACAAGAAAGAAGAAGUUUACCAGAUGUUGUGAUACCUUCAACAAAUUUAAUUAUAAAUCAUUCAUAUCAUCAUAAUAAUAAUUCAUUCAUAAUACAAAGACCUAGUUUACAAAUGGAUUAUAAAACUGAACAUAGACCAACAAUCCUAUUAGAAACUACAAUUCCAUUAGCUAAAUCAGAAAAUAUUGGUUUAGAUGAUAAUUUAAAUGAUAAUAAUAAGAAUAAGAAUAAUAAUAUAAAAUUAAAUAUGAAUAAUAAAGAUUUUUUAUUGAAUAAACCAAGAGCUCAUAGUUUGAUAUCAACUUAUCAACAACAAUUAAUCAAUAAUCAUAAAUUAUAUCAAUCAAGAAAAUCCGAUAUUUCACAAAAUCAUAAUCAGAAUGAAAAAAAAUUAGUUACUAAGAAGAAACUUAGUUUAUUUAAAAUGAAAUCAUUAAAACGUUUACGUAAAUCUAAUAAAGAUCAUUACAAUACAAUUCAAUCACAUUCAUUAUAUAAUAUAAUAAAUGAUCAAACAAAUAUGAUCAUAACUAGAAAAGAUAAUUUAUCGAAUAGUUAUAAAAUGAAAUCUUCUAUAAAAUCUAUGAAACAAUCAAAAUUAUUUGCAUUAAAUAAAUCAUUGCAUGAUAAUAUGACAACAAUUAAGGAUCAGAGUAAUCAUGAUGAUAAAGAUUGUACUGAAUCAUUAGAUGAUAGUUUAGGACAAUUACCUAUUACUAAUAAUAAUUCUAUAUUCAAGCAUAUUCAUCAUCAACCACGUCAAAUAAUAAAACAUUCUGAUUUUAUAAAAUGUAAUAAUAUUGAUUAUUUAUCUAAUCAUUCUAAUCAUAAUCAUAAUAAUAUUGUAUUAAGACGUGGUUCACUUUGUAUUUUUAGUCAAAUUGAUGAACCGAUUGUAACACCAUUUGCUCAAAUAUUGGCUAGUUUAAGAAAAGUUCGAUUAAAUUUUAUUAUAUUAACAAAUGUGACAAGUACAAGAGAUUCACGAUUUGGAGCUGUUCAAUCAAUACAAUCUAAUGAAGAUGGAAAUAGUUCUUCACACUUAGGUUACAGUGGUAGUUGUAGUGGUGGGCAAAAUAAGAUAACAGCCAGUGAAACAUUGGAAGAACUUGAAUGGUGUUUAGAAAGAUUAGAAAAUAUACAAACCCAUCGAUCUGUUAGCGAUAUGGCAUCGAGUAAAUUUAAGAAAAUGUUAAAUAAAGAAUUAAGUCAAUUCGCUGAUGCUGGUCAAAGUGGCAAACAAAUAUCCGAAUAUAUUUGUUCAACAUUUUUAGAUUCAAAAGAAAAUGAUCCAUUAACAACUACAAAUCAUCCAUCUAUGAUAUCACAUAAUAAUACACAUGGAAUAAUGUCGAAUAGUAUAAAUAAUCAUGAUAAUCUUUCUGAAGUGAAUACAUAUAAACCUUUAGAUAGCAUAAAGAAUUCAGAAUCAACUGGUAUGUAUUUAUUUAAAACUGUUGAACCCGGUGAAAUAAUUCAAACAACAGCAACAACAACACUGACUGACAUUACUGAUGGUGAUACAAUGAUAGCAGUGACUAGUGAUAAUAACAGUAGUAAUAUUCCUAGCACAAUUAAAAGUACAACCGCGACAAUGGGAUCUACUAUAAUGAGUAAAUCAUUGUCGAAAUUAUCUUCCUCACUAUCAACAUUAUCAUUGAAAAUGAAUAGUAAUGUGAAUGUAAAUGAAAAUACUAAUAGUAAUGACAAUGAUAAUAAUAAUAAUAAUAUAAUGAUUAAAUCUAGUGGAAAUUCUCAUAUCACAAUGUCAAUCCAUUCUUCUGGUACAUCACCUCCUCCUCCUCCUCCUCCUCCUCCUCAAUCUCAUCAACAUCAUAGUGAAUAUGAUAAAAUCCAUUAUUCACAAACACAAAUUGUACCAUAUGUAAUAAAUUCAACAAAUCCAAAGAAACUUGAAGAUCUUCUAAAAACUUCCCUUGAUCUAUGGGGUAUUGAUAUAUUUGAAGUAGACCAACUUACUACUAAUCCACUAACGUGUGUAUUUUAUAAUAUUGUACAGAAAAGAAAUCUUUUGCAAAAAUUUGCUAUACCUGAACGUAAUCUACUUCUAUACAUGACUGCUGUUGAAGAGAAAUAUAACGAUAAUCCGUAUCAUAAUCGUGUUCAUGCAGCUGAUGUUGUACAGUCAACACAUGUAUUAUUAAAUGCACAAUCAUUAGAGUCUGUAUUUACAGAUUUAGAAAUUUUCACAGUACUAUUUGCAUGUGCUAUCCAUGAUGUCGGUCAUCCAGGGGUUACAAAUCAAUAUUUAAUUAAUACAAAUGAUCAAUUAGCAAUUCUAUACAAUGAUUCAUCUGUAUUGGAAAAUCAUCAUUUAGCUAUAGCCUUUUCCCUAUUAGGUCAACCAGGUCAUGAUGUUUUUGAGAACUUUCCACGUAAACAACGACUUAGUUCUAGACGUAUGAUUAUUGAUAUGGUUCUAGCUACAGAUAUGUCUAAACAUAUGAGUUUGUUGGCUGAUUUGAAAACAAUGGUUGAAACAAAAAAAGUUGCUGGAUCUGGUAUACUUACAUUAGAAAAUUAUAUUGACAGAAUGCAGAUUUUACAAAAUAUGGUACAUUGUGCUGAUUUAAGUAAUCCAGCUAAACCAUUAGAUUUGUAUAGACAAUGGACUAAUCGUGUUAUGGAAGAACUUUUUCAACAAGGUGAUAAAGAACGUGAAUUAGGCAUUGAAAUAAGUCCAAUAUGUGAUCGAAAUACAGCAACUAUUGAAAAAUCACAGAUCAGCUUUAUUGAUUAUAUUGUUCAUCCAUUAUGGGAAACAUGGUCGGAUUUAGUUUAUCCAGAUGCACAAACUAUUUUAGAAACAUUAGAAGACAAUCGUGAAUGGUAUUAUAAUCAAAUUAAUGAGGAGAAUAAUAAUAAUAAUAAUGAAGAAGAAAAUGAUGAAUGA